CACAAUAACACACUGAACCAAGAAGUUCAUUUCAGAGAAAACGAAACUUAUAGAACUCUCUCUCUCUCUCUCUCUCUCUCUCUCUCUCUCUCUCUCUCUCUCUCUCUCUCUCUCUCAGUGUGAGUGCAGGAAAAUGGCAGAGGCCAGUAUUUCAGUAGAUCAGGAUCAGUUCAGCUGUGCAGUGUGUCUAGAUCGCCUUAAUGACCCAGUGACUACUCCCUGUGGCCACAGUUUCUGUAAGUUGUGUAUUAAUGGCUGCUGGGAUCAGGAGGAUGUGAAGGGCAUCUACAGCUGUCCUCAGUGUAGAGAGACUUACACUCCAAGGCCUGUUCUACACAGGAACAACAUGCUGGCUGAAGUGGUGGAGAAACUGAAGAAGACCGAACAAGCUGCUUCUCCUGCUGUUUCAGCUAAAGCAGAAAGAACUAAAAAACAGAAUGAGAUAAAGGAGGAUCAGAUAAAAUCCCAGCAGAGGAUCCAGGAGAAGCAGAAGAAGGUGCAGGAGCUGAAACAGACUGUGGACGUUAUUAAGAUACGUUCACAGGCAGCAGUAGAUGACAGUGAGAGGAUCUUUACUGACAUCAUC